GGCAAAGCUCAUCAUGCAAAUUAAUCUGGCUAUAGCUCAGCACACAAAUUAAGGCUUAAAGAUAUAGAGAGAAAGAAACAACAUGUCGUCGACGACAAAACCAAAGGCAGUGAAGCACACCCUAUUCGUGAAGUUCAAAGAUGAUGUUACCAGAGAGCAAAUUGAGAAAAUCAUAAACGACUUCACUAAUCUGGUCAAUCAAGUUGAACCCUUGAAGAGCUUACACUGGGGCACUAAUCUGGGUAUUCACGACCUCAAUUUCGGAUAUACUCAUGCUUUUGAAACUACCUUUGAUGAUCUGGAGGGCUUGCAGGAGUAUCUUGAUUCUCCGAUUGUUAAUAAAUUCGCAGAAGGAUUCUUGCCAACCAUGUCGCAACAAUUUGUGAUGGACUAUGAACUCUACUAAAUCUUUACUGGGCAAUGAAGACUUAUUAUCUUGCUAUCAGAAGACAAGAUUCUGGUCUACUAUGUAUAAGCAAUAAUUGGCGGUGUUACCACCAAAUGUGUGCGGCAAUAAAUCUAAUUUGUUUUUUCA